ACUAACUACAGACAAGUUCGAAUGAUAAGCGGUAGUGGUUACGACGGAAUAAAUGAACGGAAGGAACAAAAAGGAGGGUAAACACACGACGUAUAGUACUAAUGAAAGGGCGAGGAAUGAGAAAAAUGGCGGGAAAAGUUGCAAGUAAAGCGCACGCAACAGUGCGCAUGUCUGCGCAGAAACUCGUCGAUAUUGCAACCCAUCCGUGAUGGUCGUGCCAACCGCAGUUUUAGACAGUGCUCUCUAAUAAUAUAGAGAUGUGUACGUUAGGGACUACUCGCGUUAUUUCCACAAUAAUUCUUUAAAAACCUGAGAACUGUUUAUUGUCAUAUGAUGGUUCAAAUAGAAACGCGAUACACCUGCUCGUUUCCUCUCCCUGUAGUAUAAUCUUGAUAUUAUCCUCGUAGCAACAACGUACGUAUUUUCUAUAUAUACACAUAUAUACAUACAUACCUUUUGUAUAAAUUUAUUAUGUGACUGCCUUUCUAUCAAUAAAGAGUGAUACAGUUUUUCGUCUGCGCAAUACUAAUCCACUACAUACUAUGCUUCACGGUGUCAGCUGUUAAAAUCGAAGAAAAUACAUGUUGAUUAUUUUUACAGGAAUAAUUUAAUUUGUGCCUUUACUGAAUAACGCGAACAACAAAAUAUUAAUACUAUUUUAUAUUAUGUGUUUGUGUAGAUAUUUCUUCGUCAUGUUUUAUUCUAUUCAGUUGUGUUCAAUGAUAACACGCUCCUAUGUUUGAUAAUUUAAUUAUAAAAAUAUAAAUAUAUAUUAUAUACGUUUAUUAAAGUUUCCAUUUCAGAUUUCACUUUUUUUGUACAGUGUUGUUUUAUUAUGUUAUACCUGUGACACAAAGUGUGAGAAUUCUGAGACUGAAUUCUUGAGACUAUAACUUAAGACUAAAGUUCAUCAGUUACUUUGAAAUUCAUCGGUGCCGCGUUGUUAGCAUUUUAUACUUUUUAGUCACGUGGGACGAUCGCGGGACGUGCCGACAGCGCCAAGCGUAUUUGGCGGGACCGCGCUUAGACGGCGUCGUCUGUGCUUCUGGCAAGUCUGUCGUGUAGUGAACCACAAAGGCUCUUGUCCGAUAAUGGCUGGCGGAAAGGCGGGCAAGGACUCGGGUAAAGCGAAGGCGAAGGCGGUCUCUCGUUCGGCGAGGGCCGGCUUGCAGUUUCCGGUUGGUAGAAUUCACAGGCAUUUGAAAAACAGAACCACAAGUCAUGGUCGAGUCGGUGCUACAGCAGCGGUAUACAGUGCAGCUAUCUUGGAAUACCUCACUGCUGAGGUUCUCGAAUUGGCAGGAAAUGCAUCAAAAGAUUUGAAGGUCAAACGUAUUACACCAAGACAUCUUCAACUUGCUAUUCGUGGUGAUGAAGAAUUAGAUAGUCUCAUUAAAGCAACUAUCGCUGGAGGAGGUGUUAUACCACAUAUCCACAAAUCAUUGAUUGGAAAGAAGGGUUCGCAAAAGCCAGCAUAAUUUAGUGAUUCAGUUAAGAACAUGUGAGAAGCUAUGUAGACAAAACAGAUGCGAGCAGAGUGAUUGUUGAUAAAGUGUACCUAUGUUACGAAAUUGAUGGCGAGAGACUGGCGUGAUUUAUAUAUAUAUAUAUAUAUAUAUAUAAAUAUAUAUAGAUCUAUAAAUAAAACAAAUAUUGAUAUAAUUUAAUAUAGGUAACAAGAGUUAAAAAAAAGACAAAUUUUCACCACAUAAUUGGCAUUUAGAGUCGGAAAAGUUCAUAAUAUAGUCUGAAAAUUUUAGUGUACGUUACACUGCAAUUACUUGACAAGCGAUGCGUUGUAGCAUGGUUUGCUCAAAACUGCAGAAGUCUUUGAUACUGUAUGCGGAUUGUAAACUAAACGUUUUGAAAGUUGGAGUAUUUAAGGACUUGGAUGUGUCGUAAAGUUUGUAAUUUUAAAAGAAGAUUGUUCUUUUGAUUUCUUAUUUUGUGCAUGGUGUUUAACUUUGUCUCUUUUUUAAACUAUUACGUGCAACUAAUGUUGUUUUCUUAAAAUUAGCUAUUAAAUAGCAUAACAGUAAUUCGAUAAAAAUGUAUAAUAUGAGCGAGUAUUAAUAGGUAUUUCAUAAAUUUUUUCACUUUCAAUUUUUGAAAUUUUUAAUCCAUUUAUAUUUAACUGUUUAAUACCUUACGAUUAUAGUUACAAGUAAAAGUAGUUACGUACUCAUUCUUGUUAUUAAAUACUCUUAACUAUCUCAUAGCAGUAAACAGUGUGCAUAAAUACCUCUAGAUUAAAUUUUUAAUUUUGGACACUUUAUAUUCUAAAAUUUGUGUUGCCGAAUAUCUUUGCUUAAAUUUUUGAAGUUUUCAGUCUCUGUAACAUUAGUAUAUAAGAUUACAUGAGAAAUCAUUCUGCUGACUUUGUUUCUAUUCUGUUAAUUUUAUGAAACGCAAUAAGUUGUAAUUUGUAACGUGCUGUAAUUUAUGUCCAUGAUUAUGAGACUGGAAUCUUUGAAAUCUAUAAGGCUUUUACUCGUGUGAAGGUCAAAGAAAAAGUAUUUCGGCAUUGCAAAGCCUUUGAUGUAAUAUAUAAUCUUUAUUCCAGUAGUGUUCAAUUAAUGUAAAAUCCAUAGUAGAAAUAUCGAAACAAUUUGAAAUAAAAUAGUGUACGUUUUUAGUUCUAACAACUAUCGAUUUCUAUUUUGGUUCUGUUCACAUCACUUUCCAUUUUAUUCAUAAAACUACUGUUACUUGUGUCAUUUAGUGUAAUUUUCGCUGUAUUAAAUACCAGCCACAUGUAAAAUGUUCAUUUUCAUAAUAAAGAGCAAUUUUACUAUUA